CAAGAAUUGAUCGAAGCGUUGAUGAGUUGAUUAACCAAAUUUAUAGAUUUUUUACAAUUCCUAAUGUUAUUUGAUGGUUGUUUUGCCAUAAUGUAGUUUAUCAUAGUCAAUAACACACAUCAACUUUGCACUACGUUUUGAUCGGAUGGUUAUAUGCUCGGCUGCGCUUUGACCAUAAACAAUUUCAUUUCAUGACUUCAAAAUGACUUCAUAAAAGCAUCAAAAACUAAAAAAGAGGACAUUAUGGCUAUGGCUGAGGCCAAGUACGAUCUGGCACUGAUAAAUACAGUGAACAGUAAGAAGAUUCAGCAUCAGCCUUGGUUCAAAGAACGCUUAAAAACAAGACACAUCAAAUCACUCAAGAAAACAGACACAUCACGGAUGCUUAUUGGAAAGAACUGGACCUUUAUAAAAGAUGGCUUGGAUGAUUUCAGAGAUGGUCUUCCUCCUCCUAUGGAUCAUGGCAUAAUUUUGGCUGGCCAAAAGGGACCAUCUCCAAACAUAACCGGCAGCAAUGAAAGUGUCUCAUCAGUCAAGCAGCCAGUUGUCCGCGAUCGCUUCAACAAACACGAAAUCUGUUUCUCCAGAUGUACACCUUUACAACAGCAGCGCAGGGAUCACAUUGAUGAGAUAGAAUAUGGUCUGACCCAGCAUCCGCUGGCUCUAUAUCCGCACCUUGAAGAAUGUAUGCCACCUGAGAUAUUUGAAGACGUUGUUGACAUAUUGGAUCCUGAGAUGAAUCUGGCUGAUGAUGAAGAUGAUGAGGAUGAAUACUCUGAUAUAAGUGAUACACAGCAGACAACUCCCCUGCCACAUGAUACGACAGACAAAUCAAGAGAUGAUGCUUCAGAUACAGAUAUUGGAGAUGAUCCUGAUGCUAAUCAAGGAGUGCGAAAUCCAUAUCGAUGGUUACCACGGAAAGAUGAGAAAGACAAAAAGGAUAAGAAAAGGGAAAUGUUACGGCGGUCAAGUUCACCUUCACAGGAUGAACAUAUAAAAAGCGUCACAAAAGAUUUCUGUGAUUGGGUGGCUAGUCUAGGGGGUGAAUCAAACAACAUCGAAGAAUCAACAAUCACGAGUCUCUUUGCCAGCGGGUAUGAAACAAAACCUGCACUCUCCGUCCCUAUUCAUGUUGUCGAAUUAACAAACGUCCCGCCAGAACUGCGGAUGUCUGCCACAGUACCUCAACAGCAGACGAUACACAAGAAUAUACCGACUGACGACAAGAAGAAAAGUGAAUGGCCUGAGCCAACUAGAAAAGGCAAAACAUUCUCAGGGGAGUAUGAGCCAAGCUGGGUGAAGUUUAAAUAUGGUGCAUGGUAUCUGCCGACCAAAAUGUGGAAGAAACGUGACAACGAGGAACCGCUUCAGGAUCCUAAAGAACUCAAAGACCAAGAGAUGUCAGAGGCGAAGAAGAAGAGUAAUGGCCUUGAUGCAGAAUUGGCUCCAAUGCAUGGAGCGAAGUCAUUCAUGGAGUUUAUAGAUAAGAAGGCAACAAGGAGACCGGAGUUCUUAGAUCGGGUGGCAGAGUAUCAAGCAAAGGCGGAAGAAGAGGAACGCUUACGACUUGAGGCUGAGGCUACAAAACAGAAGAAACAACGUCUGCACUUUCCCAAGAUCAAUACAAAGAAAUAAACGCUCAAUAUUUUGUUGGGACUUGUUAUUUUUCCGAAAGGAUGAGUUGGAAAAAUGCAUACAAACUUGAAAUGUCUGUGAUAUAGCUUAAGUCUGAUAUAAAUGAUAUUAUUACAGAGUUCUUGUACCCAAAGUAUCAUUCCUAUUCAUUUUUGUGUCACUUCGACUGGCUGUCUAAAGGCCUUUCAGUCACAUCACAUGGGUAUGCCAUUUGUUUGGUGUUAUCAAGUAACCAGAUCACUCUCACUGCAGGUUCUUGCCAAGUGAAGCGACCAUUCAGUGUGCACCACAUAUUCACUUAUACAUCUAAAGAAGGAUCAUGUUUUUGUCACAACCAAGACAAUAUGUAAUGUUAAAAUGCAAAGCUUUAUAGUUGUAUUUAUAUACCAAUACAUGGUAUGUAUAAAUGUUUCCAAUACGGGGUGUAAUGUAUGCCAUUACAUGGUAAUGCAUGCCAAUAUAUGUGUAAAAAUAAACUUUCCAUCUUUUACAGAAGUUACAUGUUUGCUGUAAACUAUCCGUCCAAAUGUAAAUAAAUGUAAAUUUCAUUAC